UAAUAACCCGGUCUACAGGCAGAUCAUUUUGUGAGAUGUGGAAAAUCCAUACAAACUAAAAGUUGAUGUCUGACAAAAAUAAUGCUUUCAAUAUAAAUUCUCCUAUUAUAAUUAUGGGAGGAACAAAAAUCAGAUUAGAAAAAGCAUUCAACUGCACCCCUUUUUUUAACUCUACAUGCACUAUUCUCAAAAACUUGUAGAAGGUGACAAAUAAAAAGAUUUGGUAUGUAAUGGAUUUCAAUGAAACCUAUCAGGACACAUGUUCUUCAGUAGGAAUAGCAGCUCGUAAUGGUGACCUUGGUCUGGUACAACAGUUAGUUUGGCAUGGUCGUCCAGUUGAUGUAAGAGACAACAGAGGAUGGACACCAAUACAUGAGGCUGCAGCUAAUGGACACACUGGCUGUUUAGACUUUUUACUGAGGCUAGAUGUUGAUGUUGAGUGGAAAACAUUUGAAGAGGAGACUUCAUUGUUAUUGGCAGCCAGAGGUGGCCAUUUUGCAUGUUGCAGAGCUCUUAUUGGAUAUUCUGCAAAUGUUAACACAACAACCAAGGAAAACUUUGCUCCACUGUGGGAAGCUGUAAACGUGGAUAGCAUGGAAUGUGUAAAACUACUUCUGAGGAAUGGAGCACACAUAAACCAUCAGAUCUACACAGGUUACACUGCACUACACACUGCUGCAGAGAAAGGGCAUGCAACUAUCCUGGCCUAUCUAGUAGGACAUGGUGCCCGACUUGACAUUUGUGCUGAUGAGGAACUAACACCUGUUUUCUUGGCUUCACAGUUUGGUCACAAAGAUUGUCUUAGGAUUCUUUUAAAAGUUGCUAAAGAUAAAGGUGUAUUGGAGGUUGUAAACAGAACAGCAUCAGACAAUGCUAGCCCCUUGUUGAUAGCAGCACAGGGUGGACAUGAUGAUUGUAUUAGGUUGUUACUUGACUAUGGUGCUGAUGCAAAUGUUCCUGUCAAAGAUCUCAAUGCAAUAGCUGCACACUUUGCAAUCUAUCAAAACAAACCAAGAUGCUUACAGAUGUUACUACCGGUAACAAACUUGGAAUUUCUCUUCCACAAUGCUGUCCAGUUCAUGCAUCCUCUUUACUUGUCACUACAGCUAGAGGACACUACAUGUCUGGAGAUAUUAAUUGCAGCUGGACUAAAUGUUAAGGCAUUGAUUCCAUUCACAGAAGAACCAUUUGAACAUGAGAAUGUCAGACAUUUGCUAUUUUCAGUGCUUGGGUAUAAACAUUGUGCUGGAAUUUUAAGUCACGUCAGAUAUAAAUGGCCAAUGGUUGGUGUUGAUCUCUUACUCAGAGCAGGAUUGUCACCCAAUCCUCAAGACCAAUCAGAAUUACCUCCCUUGGUAGCUUCACUCUGCAGAACUGCAUAUAGUUUAUAUAUGACAUUACUGAAGUUCCAAGCUUGUAUAAAUGUUUAUCAUGAAAGAUGUGUAGGCAAUUUGACAGUUUUACUUGCAAUACAAAAUGACCUUACCAAUCAUGUAUUUGUUAAAGGAUUUACGCAGAGGAAGAUAUAUGGAAAAUAUUUAAUACCACUGUUAAUUCUUGGUGCUGAUACAGAGUCUUGUUUUGAAACAAUUGCAGAUCAUUAUGAUGAUAGUGACAACACAAAGUUCACCCUGAUAGAUAUUGUCAGGCAAUCCAAUGGAACCAAUCUCUUCCCCAUAUUUGUGCUAUUGAUGUUCUUCACAUGUCAAAUUCCAAAAAUAAACAAGUUCUGUGAGAGAUUUUUUAGCAGAGAAGAAAAUGAAUAUCUCCUGAAAUUACAAGAUUCUAGUCACACGUUACAGCAUGCUUGCAGAAAGAGGAUUAUUUUAUAUUUUGCCCAGCAAGGAAAGUUAAAUAAACAACUCAUUGAUAAUUUGCCUUUACCAAGGAUUCUACAAGAUUAUAUUUUAUUUAGAGAUGACAGCAUUCAUUACAGUGAUUUGGUGUUAGACGCUUUUAAUUUUUUAUUUGACCAAUAAAUGUUAGCAUAUUAAUAUUAGGAACACUUUAAUAAAUUAUUCAUCAUGUUAUAUUUAA